GCAGGGAGCAAUCCAGUAUCUAUAUAAAUGUUGCCUGGGUAGGCCGAAAAGGGUUAAAAGGCUGGAGAAGAGAGAGGUGGGCGGGGGUCUACACAACCCGGGUGAGCGCAGCCCUGGUUGGCAAACCGGUGAGUUGCUCCUCUCUUUGCCCUCCCUCGCUGCUUCCAUCGAAGGAGUGCUGACCCAGGGAGGUGGGAGGUGCUCGGCGCGAGCGGUCCUGAGGCAGCCCGCACCCCCGCAAGGAGGUGGCAUUUUGGCCCGGGAGCCGUCGGACUCCGGAACAAGUCCUGAGCUCGCGAGUCUCUCUAAAGGCACGUUCCCUAAGGGCGCGUAGUCAACUGCGAUCCUCCGCUGCCCCUCUGCUUGUAGAGCGAAACCCCUGGUAAAUCUCAGUUUUGGUCCCCAAGCCCCCGGGUCCUUUCCGGACAGAACAGGUGAGCACUGCGCGCCGCAGCUCCGGCGCUUCCUGCGCUUGGAGCGGCCCGACCCCCGCAGGCUCGCCAUGUUACCCUGGGGGCUGAGCUGCGUGUCCGUGCUAGGGGCGGUGGGCACCGCGCUCCUGGGCGCGGGCCUGCUACUCAGCCUGGCGCAGCACCUCUGGACCCUCCGCUGGACGCUGAGUCGGGACCGAGCCUCUGCCCUGCCCCUGCCCAAAGGCUCCAUGGGCUGGCCCUUCUUCGGGGAAACGCUGCACUGGUUAGUUCAGGGCUCUCGCUUCCACAGCUCCCGCAGGGAGCGCUACGGGACGGUGUUCAAGACGCACCUGCUGGGCAGGCCAGUGAUCCGCGUGAGCGGCGCCGAGAACGUGCGCACAAUCCUGCUGGGCGAGCACCGCCUGGUGCGCAGCCAGUGGCCGCAGAGUGCGCACAUCCUUCUGGGCUCGCACACACUGCUCGGCGCGGUUGGAGAGCCGCACCGGCAGCGGCGCAAGAUCCUGGCUCGAGCGUUCAGCCGUGCGGCGCUGGAGCGCUACGUGCCUCGCCUGCAGGGGGCGCUGCGGCGGGAGGUGCGCUCCUGGUGCGCGGCCCGCGGGCCUGUCGCUGUCUAUGAAGCCGCUAAAGCGCUCACCUUCCGCAUGGCCGCGCGCAUCCUGCUGGGGCUACAGCUAGACGAGGCGCAGUGCUCCGAGCUGGCCCGGACCUUCGAGCAGUUCGUGGAGAACCUCUUCUCGCUGCCCCUCGAUGUGCCUUUCAGCGGCCUGCGCAAGGGCAUUCGGGCACGGGACCAGCUGCAUCGGCACCUGGAGGAUGCCAUUGUGCAGAAGCUUCUUGAAGACAAGGCUGCUGUGGAGCCAGGCGAUGCCCUCGAUGGGAUCAUCCACAGUACUAGGGAACUGGGCCAUGAGCUCUCAGUGCAGGAACUGAAGGAGUCAGCUGUGGAGCUCCUCUUCGCCGCCUUCUUCACCACGGCCAGUGCCAGCACAUCCCUCGUCCUGCUACUCCUGCAGCAUCCCGCAGCCAUCGCCAAGAUCCAGCAGGAGCUGGCGGCGCAGGGGCUGGGGCGCGCGUGUGGCUGCGCGCUGGCGGCCUCGGGGGGCGGCGCUGGGCCCCCGCCCGACUGCGGUUGCGAGCCCGACCUCAGCCUGGCGGCGCUGGGCCACCUGCGCUACGUCGGCUGCGUGGUCAAGGAGGUGCUGCGCCUCCUGCCGCCGGUGUCCGGGGGCUACCGGACAGCCCUGCGCACCUUCGAGCUCGACGGCUACCAGAUCCCCAAGGGGUGGAACGUGAUGUACAGCAUCCGAGACACGCACGAGACGGCCGCAGUGUACCGCAGCCCGCCGGAGGGCUUCGACCCAGAGCGCUUCGGCACUGCGGGCGACGACGCGCGGGGCGCCGCCGGCCGCUUUCACUACAUCCCGUUCGGCGGCGGUGCGCGCAGCUGCCUUGGCCAGGAGCUGGCGCAGACCGUGCUCCAGCUGCUCGCGGUGGAGCUGGUGCGCACGGCGCGCUGGGAACUGGCCACGCCUGCCUUCCCCGCCAUGCAGACCGUGCCCAUCGUGCACCCGGUGGACGGGCUACGGCUCUUUUUCCACCCGCUUGCGUCUCCGGCGGCGCAGGAUGGGCAACGCCUCUGACCUGCUGCGCUGUGGAACCUGGCUUGGCCAGCGGCUGCGGCGCGCUUGCGGCGCCGCCCAUCUGCCGUUCUCCAGUGCCGGAUCCGGCGCGCUCUCUUUCACCAAAAGGUUACUGAACGCGGCUCUGUGUCCGACUCUGAGGGAGACUCAUGAGCCACCGCCACCGCACUUGGAGAAGCGUCCUGGCUGAUGGGACGGUGCCUCCAGCACUUCGCACCCUUAGGGAGGAAAGGUGGUGGGCCAAAUCUCUUAUGCCCUUCCCAGGAUUUCAAAGCAGGGAUGGUGGGAACAUUUCCCCUAGGAUUCAAGCUGGGGAGGAGGUAUGGGUCGAGGGGAGGAGGGGGUGGAUUGGGCAGUCGAAUGAGGGAGGACCUGCAACUGUCGCGAGGAAGCCGGCUCACCAGGAGCGCAUCUCUGGCCUGGCUUUGGGCCACAGGAAGACACUGAGAAGGCGCCCAACGGAAGGCCCUCAGGCAGCUGGCCUCCUUUAGGUGCGCCCUGGCCACUCUGCCUGUCUCGGCAGAAACCCAGAAUUGCGGGCGCUUUCAGGGCUCUAAACAGGAUCAACAGCACCGGAUUCUACUGGCGAUUUCUUAAAAGAAAAAUUCCUAGUUCAAGAACGCAUAUAAUCUUUCCAUUUAUACAGGAGAGAAUAGGUACACCAGGAGGAUUCUAAGGCUGGAUUAUUUUCAUGGGCGGUUGAGACAUAAUCAGAGAGGUUUGGGGUAUUUGUACCCAAAACAGGAAGGCCGAGAAAUCGUUUCCUGGCAGUGGCUGAGUGAGGAGGCUGCAGCUUAGCUGGGCAGCUCUCCUCGGUGGGAAAGUGGGGUGGAGGUGGCAGAGACUCAAGAAAGACCUCCUCCCCGGAAGGGCCUGCCCUUCAUAUACCCAGAGAGGGGCUAGGAACUGGACAGCCUGGGGCCCAGGCUGCUGGAACCUCGCUUGAGCAUAGCCCCAGGGAACUGAGCUACAGAUUAUCUCCAAGAUGAUAGCUGACUGCAGGGAUGCCCUGGUUUACUGCUUCAGCCUCCUUCAUUACAAGGAGAGACUGAGGCCAGAGACUAGACCACUCACCCAGUGCUCUCUUCCACCCCAUCCCUUACCCCCUGCUCCAGUCUCUGGCCUGUGGCCACCAUGUAGCUCUUGGCUUUUUAUCCUUUCAUAGUGAUCCCUAGGUUGGCCUAAGCACGCUCUGGACCUUUCCAACACAAAAGCUCCCAACAGGGCUUAAAUCUAAACCAAGAGCCUCCUUUUUUCCUAACAGCGCACUGUAACCUGCUGGCCAUCUUCGGACAGGCUGGGGGCAGUUGAACAUGAUGGGUGAGCCAGAGAAGUUGCUGCCAAGUCCUGAGCUGACCCCUUAGUGAACCAGAAGGAACCAGAAAGUGCCCUCCUGACCUUAGGCUUAAGGUGGAUCCUGGGGCCAGAAGGGAAGGGGAAGCAUCAGGCUUAGGCAGGGCCCGUAGCUCAAGAGCAGGAGCACAGCGGGCCCUUCAGAGCUCAACUGACACAGUCAUAACCCCCAUCUGCAACAAUUCAUCACCCACCGCUGACCACAGGCCCUGGCGCCAUGGGAUCUGCAGGCAGCCGGUGAAAGUGGUAGAUCUGAGGCCUGCCCUCAGGGCGCUCCUGACACUGCAGAGACAUUUCAGCCCAGAAGCUCCACUAGGGUGAGGUGGUGGGAAGACCAGGGCUCAGGGUUGAUUCUGAUUUGAGGAGAGAUAGAUGGGACAGGGCUCUCAGAAGCCUGGACUUCCCAGGUUCCAAGAGACCUGGUUUACGUGCUGUGGAGUCUGUACUAAACUAUAAGCCUCUGAAAGGGCAGCUUCAGUUUUAUUGUGACUUCCCAGUGAUACAUCGACUCAUCAUUUCAAGGAAAAUCAGAGCUUUUGCUUCUCCUGAUUCUCUGAGGAAGGAGCAGAUGCGAUUCUUACCCUCUUGGACUUGGUAUGCUUUCAAAAGAAAGAGACAGUAAAUAAACUAACAAAUGAGCAAGAAUAAUUCUGAUGAUGGUAGAGCUGUUUCGAGAGACAAACAGGCUUGUCAUACAGGUGCCUGGCAGCUCUGCUGGGCCGGCUGGGGCCUGGAAAGAGUGGCAUUCGACCUUGGAAGGAACCAGCCAGGGGAGUCCGGGGAUAGAAGAGCCCCAAGCAGAGAGUACAGCAGGUUUAGAACCGAAGGGGUGGGAAUCAGUGCCCAAGACAAGGGAAGAAAGUGUUGAUGGGAGAAAAGUGGGGGAGGGGUGCUUCAGCUGACCCCAGUCAGAAGCUCACCUCCCCGCCUAGCAAAGAGCUACUCCCCACCCCUGCCAGUCCUUCGCACCAGUCUGUUUUGUAAACAUCUUAGAAACAUAAUUUUGUUUUUCAGUGAACCAAGCCCUCUCCCUACCCACCAGCACCCAAGAAAGCCUGGCAAGGUUUCUAGAUCAAAGUUCUUACUGGGUUGGUCAUUUACUGACCCUUCCCCUCUUGAAGAUGCUCUUUAG